GUGUGUGGACGUUCGCGAGGACUUAUUUCGAAAUCGGAAAGUUCGCCAGUCAAAUAUGAAACGGUUGUGUAUUAAAUAGUUGAACAAUUCCGAGUGGAGGUCGAAAUUGGUGGAAGAGGGAAACUGGGAAGGCAUUUCGACUUCCUUGGUUCGAAACGAAAAAAAAAAAAGGACCAUGGGCGUUCGUAAGGGGAUGCCACGUCGAUGAUCCUGCUAUUGUGCAUGAUCAAAUUUAUUAGGAGACCGAAAUGUGGAAUUACUCAAAAAUACUAUGCUUCGUCUUGUCAUUUCUUUAUCUUGUUGUUAUCGGUAAAUGUUCAGAAGACGAAGAAAGACUUGUCCGCGAUUUGUUUAGGGGAUAUAACAAACUAAUUCGGCCAGUUCAAAAUAUGACAGAAAAAGUAAACGUUAAAUUUGGGUUAGCCUUUGUCCAAUUAAUAAACGUGAACGAGAAAAACCAAAUAAUGAAGUCGAAUGUUUGGUUGCGAUUGGUUUGGGAGGAUUAUCAGUUACAAUGGGACGAAGCAGAUUACGGUGGAAUUGCAGUAUUGAGGCUGCCACCGGAUAAAGUGUGGAAGCCGGAUAUUGUUCUAUUCAAUAAUGCCGAUGGUAAUUAUGAAGUCAGGUAUAAAUCUAACGUGUUAAUUUAUCCAAACGGUGAAGUUCUUUGGGUACCCCCGGCGAUAUACCAGAGUUCGUGCACCAUAGACGUAACAUAUUUUCCUUUUGACCAACAAACGUGUAUAAUGAAGUUCGGCUCUUGGACAUUCAACGGAGACCAAGUGUCUUUAGACUUGUACAAUAACAAGAAUUUUGUUGACUUAUCGGAUUACUGGAAGUCCGGAACUUGGGACAUUAUUGAAGUACCCGCCUACCUCAACGUCUACGAUGGAAAUCCGACGGAAACGGAUAUAACAUUUUAUAUUAUUAUUCGACGGAAGACUUUGUUUUAUACAGUGAAUCUAAUUCUACCUACAGUUCUAAUCUCCUUCCUCUGUGUACUUGUGUUCUAUUUACCCGCAGAAGCAGGCGAAAAGGUGACACUUGGGAUAAGUAUUUUACUAUCACUAGUGGUAUUUCUACUGCUAGUUUCGAAAAUCCUGCCGCCUACAUCUUUAGUGUUACCUCUCAUAGCCAAAUACCUUCUGUUUACGUUUAUAAUGAAUACCGUCAGUAUUCUUGUUACUGUUGUUAUAAUAAAUUGGAAUUUCAGAGGUCCACGUACUCACAGAAUGCCACCGUGGAUACGUUCGGUGUUUCUAAAUUACCUCCCAGCCAUGUUAUUAAUGAAAAGGCCAAGGAAAACGAGACUCAGGUGGAUGAUGGAGAUGCCUGGCAUGGGUGUGCCUCCGAAUCCUUACGGAUCUCCUACUGAUAUUCCUAAACACAUUAGUUCCAUUGAAUCCCAAAGCAAAGUGGAAGUAAUGGAAUUGUCCGAUUUACACCAUCCUAAUUGUAAGAUAAAUAGAAAAUUAAAUUCGGACCUGGGGGUCAGUGUAGGUGCCGAAAGCUGUAGAAGGGAGAGCGAAAGUUCCGAGUCCAUCCUCUUGUCGCCGGAAGCUUCCAAAGCUACGGAAGCCGUUGAAUUCAUCGCCGAACAUCUCCGAAACGAAGACCUGUACAUUCAGACCCGUGAGGAUUGGAAGUAUGUUGCAAUGGUGAUAGACAGAUUGCAACUGUACAUGUUCUUCAUCGUAACCACUGCCGGGACUAUAGGGAUCCUGAUGGAUGCCCCUCACAUAUUCGAAUACGUCGAUCAGGAUAGGAUAAUCGAGAUAUACCGGGGGAAAUAGAAGAGGACGAUUGGUAAAAGUUAUUACUUUUUAUUUUAUUAUCACGAAACAGCACCAUUCUUUGGCUUCCUCAUGCAUAACCGCUAUAAAAUCGUGUGGCUUCCAUGUGAAGGACUUAACAAAUUUAAGUGCGGAAGCUGCGGACGAGCCAUCGAGCCCGUCGCCUCUAUACAAGAGUUAUGUGUCAAUAAAUGAUGUUUUUCCAUUUUAUCGAACGAUUACAACUAAGCAAUUUUUUACUGCCUUAAGCACUGCACUCGAAAAAUAUCACCUCCGCUCACACUAUACGACUGUUAUUACUUAAUUAAAUAAAACGUAAAGACAAAACAAUAACAACCACAACAGAAAAUUAUAGCUGUUACUUCGAUUACAAUACAAUUCCCAAAAAAAAAAAAAUCGCUGGAUAUUCGUCACGCCACAUAGGAUUUUCCUUCAGAUUUUCUCAUAAUUCUAGCUUUAGUCGUUUCGGAACUACAGGGGGCUGCAGGACUGGAUCAAAUAUAAAACAGAAUUUGUGUUUAAUAAGUAAGAAAAUCUUUGAAUACAUCUACGAAGUCACCCUUUUUAGCAAUAUAUUUCUACCAAUAAAUUUCAUGUAGUUAUCAAAGAAUGAAUGUGAUUAUGUCUUUACGGCAUCAAAACGACAUUCAGUAGCUCAAACAUGCGAUAAUCACAUGGUGACAAAUCCGAUCUAUAGAGCGGACGUUCAAGUGUUUCCUAAUUGAUUAUUUUUCACUACCACGUUCAUUUUCCGACAACGAUAUUAAAAAUAGAUUCAAUCCGUUAGGGAGAUUUAGCAGAAAAAUUUAAAUUCAUUCAAUUUUUUUUUACUUUGACAAUUCCGAAUUCCGCCUUAUAUUUGAUCCACUUGAAAACCCAAGAUAAACGAUUGGAUUCCUUAUAACUAACCCUUUAAAGGGUUCAGGGAUUUUCCUUCUUAUGAUACGGAAUUCAAAAAAAAAAAAAAACUGCAGUUGGAAAUUUUCUAUUUGAUAUUACAAUGGCACCUAAACUUAAACACUAAAGCAAAUUAAUGUUUUAUAAUGACUAACUGGCCUGUUAUAUACAUAUUAUAGCGAAAUUAUUACGUUCACAAUCAACACACUAUGAUGCACUUUAAUAAGAAAUAAUGGGGUAGUUUGUCAUAUUUAUUGUCUUGCGUGAAAACUCAAGGGGUUUGCUACCAAUAUUAUCCAGGCAAUUUUUUAUAAAUCAUUUUUUAAUACUUAUUACAAUAAUAAUUAAUUGAAUUUUGAAAACUAAAUAAGUACUUAGGUAUCUAACUUUUUCGUAGUUUUUCUCAGUAAGAUUGUGACGAAUUUGUUGUUAUUCAUAUAUGUGCUUAAUAAAAAUUAGACUAUUAUAAUAUACUGUAGUUAAAUUAUUAUUAAUUAAUUAAAAGGUGCAACCUGUUGUAAACAGAUGGUAUUUUCAAAAUUUCAACAUUAAUCGAAUAAAAUCGUUCUAAUGUUUUUUUAUAUUAAAAACAUUUUUAAACGCGGCUGAUUUUUGGGGUACAUUACCAAAUUAUUGACAAGGAAAAUGGCAUUUAGAGACAAAGGAAUAAUAAAUAAAUUAUUUCUCCCUUAUUAAUAUAUCCAAAUUUGGUCGAUUUGAAAUAUAUAACUAAAUUAUUGCAAUACCAUCUUUGCAUACGUUCAAUUCCACAUUUUUCUAUAGAGAACAAGUUUCUUAUUUAUUAUAAUCUUACAUUUAGGUAAUUAUGUUCUCUGUAAGAAAUUCGAAACACUUUUCAAAGAGUUGUAGGUAAAAAAAAAAUGUUAAUAAUGUGUUGAUUCCACACAUGGGAACAAAAAGGAUUAUGAACUGCAAAUAAAAUUAUUUACUUGCAUAUGCCUUCUUGAUCACGUAUUGCCGAUUGAGUGUCGCCAUAAAAUUAAAAAAAAAUCCGAAAUUGGCAAUAGCGUUUCCUAUACUUUGCCUUGCAAUGUUACAAUGUUGUGAUCGUACUUGAAUACAACGAUAUAAAAAAAAGGUUUCGAUGUAUGAAAACAAUAAUAAUAAUAAUAAAAAUAAAAAAAAAAGAAUUAACGGAGUUGUUACAAAAUAGGUAGUAGAUCAUGUUGAUCAACCCCAUUACAUAAGCUAAAUAUACACCAAAAAGUUAACACGUAAACACAAACAUAUUAAUUCACUCUACAAAGAUUUUGUACAAAGUUUUUUCCGGCCGUAGUAUCUGCACUCUUUUUCAUCGUGGAAUUAUGAAUAACAUUAAUAAAUAUGCCAUAUUUCGGAGUGAAUUCGAAUAAACAAUCAGUCAAAUAUUGAUAAUGUAAUGUUUAGAUUAGUGUAGACCGAAAAAUGAAAGGGCAGUGUUAUACCGUAAUUAUGUAAUUGUUAAUAAUCUGUAAAGUAAUCAAUCAGUGCAGAAAGAAAAAUGUUCAAAGUCCAAUAGCUCCCUGGCCUAAAAUAUGCAAUAUUCUGUCUUAAAUCCACCCCAGAUCUUUUCCAUUUUCGGCAGACCUUAUUUGGUGUUAAAAAACCAUUUGUAUGAUUAUUAUAUUUUUCGUUGAUCUUUAAUGUAAAUAAUUUUCAUUACUUGCAAUUAAUGCAAAUUUCUACCUUAUUAUACAAAUGCAAAGUUUAAUGUUUUCGCAACCCUGCAAACUUUUGCCAAAACACCUAAUGAACUAUAGAUAAAACUGGAAAAAAUGGGGUCAAUUUAAAACUGAAUAUCCCAUAUUAUAAUAAUACUGCUUCAAACUGCCAUAUUAUGUCUGAUCUAACAGAAAAUUUUUAAUUAUUAUAGUGAGAUCAUACAACGGGUAUACCUAUAAUACUUUCAACUUAAUGGUUGUUUAAUUCUUAGAGCAAUAUAUAAUUGAAACAGCUUUAACUCUGACGAAACAAUUUUCUGUUGGAUCAAACUACGAUUAGAUAAAAAUAUAAUACUUUCCUACAUACCUACAUAAAUAACGAAAUGCGCUUUGCUCAAAACAAAAUGUAGAGAUACACUUAAUUAACGUAAAAUAAUAAAAAUCAAGUAUUAAUAUUCUUUAAUUGAAAGCAAUAUCAAGCAAACUAUUUCAAAUUUUGUUGCAUUAAAUUUAUUGCUUUAAAAUAGAUUUAUAGUUAGAUACAUAGGUCAACGUCAAUACUGUUCCACUGAGUCUUUUUCUUAACUUUGUUUGGUUCGAAAAUGUGUAAUUUUAUUGAUUAUUCGUAAAAAGGCAUUAAAAAAUAAGGCAAUUACAUAUCUUUACGACAUUCAAACCAUCAAAAAAUGAGAAUUUUCAGCAUCAUCUCAUCAUAGAUUUAUUUAAAAAAAAAAAGUAAAUAAAAAGAACAUAUCGGAAUUAAUUAAAAUUUUCAAUUGGUUUUUCAACUUUAUUAUUUAUAAUUACUUCAAGUGACGAAUUGAUUAAUGAAGAAUUUAUUACUGACGAUUGUGGGAAAUGCCGAAACGGUUUGGGGAGCUUUUGGAAAAUCUGACUUUCCUGUAGAUAAUUCAUUAAUCGUUGACACCAAUCUUUUUAUAACAAAAGAAGUUGUAUUUUCAUACUCCUUCGUAGUUUCCAAUUAGGUUCCAUCAGCUAAGUAACGUAAUGGGGCCUAUAUAAUUGUUAUAGUGUUUUUAAUAAUAAUUAACUUAUAUAUAUAAUGUAUUCUGGGGGUAGUUUGAUACUUUUCUCGGCACCCUUUCGUAUACUCAGUCGAUAAAAUAUUCAAACUAUUUGCAGUGAUAUCGAAAUGUUAAUAAUUGCUCAACAUAUGAAUCAAUCAUUAUAAAAUGUAACCAUUUUAUGGAUAUAAUAAAAUGUAAAAGUAUUUGAACACUACAAGCAUUCAUUUCAUUAAAUUUUAAAUCGCCUUUCAGCCAUUAAUAAAUCGUAUACUUAUUAUGAAAUAAAUUCUGAAAAUUGACAAUCUGGAACAUUUAAACAAAAAGAGGCUUCUGAAGCUUUCAGGCAUUAAAUACAUUUAAUAAAUUCAUUAUUAUUUUAAUCCUCUAAGUCUAUAAUGGAAACAGAAGUUUAGGAUGCUUGUAGUAUUCAAAUUUUUAAUUGUAUAAACGAUAAAAUGUAAAAUGUUAUAGUUAUCGAAAAAAUAUUGCAAAUAGGGUAGAAUAAAUGAACUGUAUUGUAUAGUAAAAAACAGUAUAGCACUGCCUUACUGUUUCUCAAGAGGCUUGAAG